AUGUGGCAGCUACACAGACACGGGCUAUUGGUGGCACUGGCGGCGCUGCUAUGCCUCAACUUGUUACAACACGCGGCAGCCGAGUACGAGGAGGAGCUGGAGGAUAAACCCUAUGUCAACUUUAACACUCUAUUCCGUGCCUACAUAGCCAUGGGCGAUGCGCUCUUUGGCAACUGGGCACCGGCUGACUAUGCACAGGAGCUGCAGCAUCUCAGAACUGCACAGCAAUAGAGAGAGCGACAACAACAACAACAAUAAUACAUUUAUAUAUUUAUCUAUUAUAAUCGCAUUCUU